UCUAUUUUACAGAUAACAGUACAUUCAUAUACAAUUUGAUGUUGCCUUCACAAGCUAAUAAUGAAUGGUUGCUGGCAGCGGAAUGAAAUGGUGACCAGUUUCCUCUGAGGAGAAGAAAGCAGUAGGUGGUAACUGGAGUCAGUACCUCAAGUACAGACAAUGCCAAGUGGGUAUCACAAGAGAAAUGACCGCUAUGGGAACAGACAGAGUUCAAUGAUCUGGACGGUUCAGUGAAAAACCUGAUAAACAAGAGCCUGUGCAUGCAUUUUGAAAGGAAAGUGACCGUCACCUUCUGUGAUCUGAGUAUUUUCUUGCAUACACCUCAGCUAGACUGUAGAGCAGCUCUCCCACUCACUGCUAUGACCACACCACUGAAGGAUGCAAUGGACACCUUGAUCAAGAUUUUCCAUCACUACUCUGGCAAAGAAGGAGACAGAUACAAGCUCAGUAAAGGAGAACUCAAGGAGCUUCUCGCCAGUGAGCUUACUGACUUCCUUUCAGGCCAAAAGGACCCACUCCUGGUCGAUAAGAUUAUGAAAGAUCUGGACUCCAAUGAUGACAAUGAAUUGGAUUUUAAUGAAUUUGUCAUUCUGGUUGCUGCUUUGACUGUGGCAUGUAAUGAUUUCUUUGAAGAACAGCUAAAGAAAGAGGGAUUUUAAAAAUCCUCUAUAUAAUCAAUCUCCUGGCCACAAAUGCAAGCAAAGCAUGCCUAGUUAGAUAACCCUCAUCGGUGCUCACCGCGUGCAAACCACCGUUCCCCCAACUGUUACUGCUGUAAGAUCUUUAUGGAGCUGAUCAGCAGCUGGUUUAAGCUGGACCAUAGCCAGAUUACAUUACUUGAGAUCUGGCUUUUAAUAUUUUCAGUCUUUGCGCUCCAUGCAUCUGUAACAUGCCUUCAUCUGUUGCCCAGGUCAAGGGCUUGGGGUGACAGAUUGUUUGGCAGGAGUUGAGACUUCUGUUUCUUAAAUGUCAGUGGAAAGUAAAAGGCACAGGAAUGUUCCUUAUACACUUUCCAAACGGAAAAAUUUGGAAUGACACAUAAAACUUGCAAUUUCAUUUUCAGUCAUUUUAUAACAAACAUAUUUUUGCAGCUCAAAACCAGCAGCUUCUUUUUUGCUCAGCUCUGCUAAUUCUAAAGCCCUUUUUAGAUGUUCCUCUGUGUGUCCCCACACUCGCAUUUCAGACGUGGUCACAGCUGUCUCUUGCUGCCUGAGCAGACGAUACCACUUGCCAUUGUUACAGGUUCAUUUCCUCCAUCUCCCCAGCUUCAAUUUUGUUGUGUUGGCAUUACUGCGUCCCAGCAGUCAACCCCUUCCCUCAGCAUAAAUGUAUUUAUUCAUACGAUAAAUUAUUUAAAUACAUAGAAGAUUCAGUCAGCAA